AUGCAUCAGCUGGCAGAGUUUCCCAGGGUUCUGGAUGAGUUCUGGGGAAAACCGGCCGGGAGUUCUCCCUUGGAAGAUCGGUCUAGUCAACGAGAACAAGCAACCAUGGGGAACGGCACGGGGGUGACAGAGUUCAUUUUCGUGGGGCUCACCGAUGACCCCCAGCUGCAGGCUCCACUCUUCUUCGUCCUCUUCCUCACCUAUGCCUUAAGCGUCACCGGGAAUCUGACCCAUCGUCACCCUCACCUGCUGGACUCCCACCUCCGCACCCCCCAUUCUGCCGGCCCGCUGCACUACAAGACCGUCAUGAGCGGGGGCUUCUGCGCCCUGCUGGUCCUCUGCUGCGGGCUGGCUGGGUUCCUGGUCGUCUUUCCACCAGUCAUCAUUCUCCUGCAUCAUGAUUUCUGCUCCUCCAAUAUCAUCAACCACUUCAUCUGUGAUUCUUCUCCCAUGCUACAGCUCUCCUGCUCUGACACCCGGUUCUUGGAGCUAAUGGCUUUCCUCUUGGCCUUGGGGACGCUCUUGGUCACCCUGGCUCUGGUGACCGCGUCCUACACAGCCAUCAUUCGCGCCAUCCUGAGACUUCCCUCCGCUCAGCAGAGGAGAAAGGCCUUUUCCACUUGCUCCUCCCACGUGAUCGUGGUCUCCAUCACAUACGGCAGUUGCAUCUUCAUGUACAUCAAACCGUCUGCCAAGGCCAGGGUGGAACUGACCAAGGUGGUGGCGGUGCUCAACACUUCCAUUGCCCCCAUGCUGAACCCCUUCAUUUACACCCUGAGAAACGAACAGGUCAAGCAAGCAUUAAGGGCCCUGGUGCAACGGAUUGUAUUUUCCUCUAGGAAGUGGCUGCCAAAGCUGAUGGAGUACCACAGCUCCCUCAUCUUUCAUACCUGCCAGACCACAACUCUCUGCCGUUAUAAAACCCUUCUGAAAUAUCACUUCCUCCAGGAGUUCUAG